AUGGGAAAGAUCAGCACCAAGGACGCCAAAGAUAAGAUGCGGCACAAGCCGUUGUAUAAAGAUAUCACAGAAACAGGUCAUUUGAGGGUGGGAAAACGCUCGAAGCACGACAAGACAGGAGAGGAGGAUGCGGAGGACGAUUUUGUCCUGGAUGCUGCGUCUUCCAGAAAGGUCCUGAAACUUGCGAGAGAACAGCAAGAUGAGAUUGCCCUCGAGGAAAACCGUUUAGAAGUUUCAGAAAAGCCGAGGUUUCAAAUGAUUGCGCACGAAUCUGAUGAAUCGGACGACGACGCAGUCUACGAAGAGAUGUCCGACGACGGUGAAAACGAAUACUACGACGAGGAGGUUGAAGAGGUAGACGAGGAAGACGUGAAAUUGUUUGAAUCAUACUUCAAGUCAGAAAAUAAUGCAUUUGGUAGCUUCAACCUUGCUGACAAAGUGAUGGCCAAAUUACAGGAAACCCAGCAGCAGAAGGCAGAACAGACAGAGAGACCACAGGACAAAGUUUUCCUUCCACCAAGAGUUAUAGAGGCGUAUGAGAAGGUCGGUCAGAGUUUACAUGUGUGGAGACACGGAAAGUUGCCGAAACUCUUCAAAGUGCUUCCUAGCAUCAAGAAUUGGGAGGAUCUGAUUUUUGUGACAAAUCCUGAAGCAUGGACUCCGCAGGUGACCUACGAGGCUACCAGACUGUUUGUUUCUAACCUGACGGCGAGUAAAGCAGAGAGGUUUGUUAAUUUGGUUCUUUAUCCGAAAGUCAGACAAGAUAUUGAGGAAAGUGACGAGCACAAGCUGAAUUAUCACCUUUAUCGUUCAUUAAAAAAAUCGUUAUAUAAGCCUGCCGCAUUUUUCCGUGGAUUCCUGUUCCCAUUGAUUGAAGACGGAUGCACAACAAGAGAGGCAAUGAUCGUGGGGUCAAUCUUGACUAAGUGCUCGAUUCCGGUCCAACACUCUGCUGUCGCGCUUUCGUGGUUGUUGCAAAAAGACUUCAACCCAGCAACGACCGUGUUCAUCAGAAUUCUCAUCGAGAAAAAGUACGCAUUACCAUACCAAACCAUCGACGACCUGGUGUUCUAUUUCAUGCGCUUCCGUGUGAUCACGGAAGAAACACGAAGCGACAUCAUACUAGACGACGACACAGAGAUAGCCGAGCAAAGACGGCUCAGGGACGCAUCUCCAAUGCCGCUUGUCUGGCACAAGGCGUUUUUGGCAUUCGCACAACGGUACAAAAACGACAUCACUGAGGAUCAGCGCGAUUUCCUCAUGGAAGUUGUCAGACAACGGGGCCAUCGCGAGAUUGGACCGGAAAUUAGACGUGAAUUGCGCGCAGGCAAGGAGAGAUCCACGGCUACCGUCAAGGAGGACAAGGAGGACGACAUCAUGUCUUUCUUCUAA